AUGAUAAAAACAUUUCAAGACGUUCAUUUUCAAUCACCAACGAUUCAUUGGCAUGUAAAUCUUGGUAAACGUUAUUUUAUUUACACUUUACCGUAUUCACCAUUGGAAAUUGAUAUUUGUGAUGAAAUACCGAAUCCAGUUUCACAUAACACAUUUUUCAACUUUCUGACAUAUAAUAGUGAUGAAAACUUAGUAUUUAGGAAAAGAAUUAAUUUUAUCCAUGGUGAUUCAUCCAAGUUCAAUUACAGGAAUCUAUUUCAUGUUAAAAAAUUAAUAAUUAUUCAUUCGUCUCCGUACGUUAUGGAAUUAUUAAAUAUUCUACCAAAUUUAAUGGAUUUAGAUAUGCCUGGAUUCAGAUAUUUCACACCAUUGAUUGCUCCUGCACAUAAAAGCCGUUUAUUACAUUUGACAUUGACCAGUUGUGUAGUUAGCAUUCUUGAUUAUAUGGCAUCAUUUUUAGAGUAUCAUUCUAGAUUAGAAACAAUUACAUUCGACAUUAAUGAAUUUAACUCAUUAAUUGGUGAUCACAGCGGUGGUUAUUGGGAACUAUUCGUAUUGAGGUUAGUGGCCAUGAAACGGUUGUGUUAUUUUAAGAUUGUUUUUGCUGAACCAGGUAGUUUGAGAUUUUUAUACAAUGUGUACAGAAAACACAAUACGCUCAACCUAUUGUAUAACAUGACGAACACUGAUUUAGCUAUUUGGAAAUAAAUCUAUUUUAUUAAACGCUUUGAUGAUUUAUCACCAUGUGUUAAGAACAAAAGACGUAGAAAUUGUGGAUGCUUUCCUAUCCGUGCUUUUUACACAAUAUCGACGGAGUCAGAAAAGGACAAGGUAUACACUAACGAGGGAACAUUCCCAAGUGACGCGCUCCGAUUUCAUUCGUUCGUACGUCGAUCGAUAGAGGAUAGUGAGCUAGUAAAAAGCCUAAAAGGGUUCGGGCUCUUUACUCUUGAAGA